AUGGACACUCCAACACUUCUCAACUUGGCGCAGAACGCGGUGGAUGUGGGGAAUAUUAGAGCCGCCUGCGAGUUUUACGAAAUCGCCUUGGCGCAGUCGCCGAACAACGACGAGGUACUCGAGGCGUACGCGGAGAUCCUGAUUCAUCACGCGCAGGAUCUCGAGCGCGCGAAGCAGAUGCUCCGCCACGCCAUCGCGCUCAACCCGCGCGUCGGCUACGUGAAGUACCUCAACCUCGCCCAGCUCACCGAGGCGGAGGAGGCGCUGGGGUGGUAUCAACAGGCGCACGAGAUCGCCAGCGAGGAGUUGGGUCGUUGUCGGAAACCCAAAGCGAAGGCGGCCCUUCGCGAGACCCUGGGCACGAUCUCGUGCGCGAUCGCGGAGCUGUACCUCACGGAUCUUUGCUUUCACGACGACGCGGAGGCGAUGGCGGGGGAGAUGGUGCGGCGCGCGUUGGCCUUCAACCCCCGCGGCGUCGAGCCCCAUCAGCUGCACGGCUCGCUGCUGCUCAGCCAGGGCGACGUCGUCGCCGCGCGGGCGGCGCUCCAUCGCGCGGUCGACCUCACCCACACCCUCAGCGAGGCGCAUCAGCCCCCUUACGAGUCGAAAAUCGAACUCGCGCGGCUGCUCCUGCAGGUGAGCCCGUCGGCGGCCUUCGACUUCCUCCUCGAACUCCUCCAGCUCGGGGAUAACAACCCGUAUGUGUGGUUUUUGCUCGGGGAGGGGGCCCGGAUGCGGGGGCGGUUCGAGGACGCCGCGCGGCUGCUCCGGCGCGCCCGGGUGAUGCUCGUCGUCUCCGACGGCGACCCGAAGGCGAUCGCGGAGGUGGAUGACGCGAUUCGGAUCCUCGUGGAGGAGAUGGGGGGGCCGGAGGCCGCCGCGAGGGUGCCCGAUCUCGAUCACCCCGACCCCAUCUCCCUCCUCCAGCCCACCGGUGCGGGCGAAGAAGGGGACGCGGAGGAAGAGGGGGGCCUGGAUGAGCCCGUGUGGGAGUCCUGCGAUGGGGAUGAGGGGUAG